ACAUCAUAUUGUUGCAUCAGCUUUAGCAUUGGAUUCCCUGAAAUAUCCGGGAAACGUGUGUGCCGGUGUCCUGAAUAAAGACUGUACAAAUCUGUAAAUUGUUAGGUCGUGUUACUUGCGCUUGCUUGUGAUAUUUUCGUCUAAUUAUGGCGGAUGUGAGCGUGACCGAACAAAUGAAGGAUCUGAAAAUGGACGAGAAGAAGAACGUCAAAGAUGGAGGAAAGAAAAAAAACAAGAAUGCUGGUGGAGAUGCAGGUGGCAGGGCUGAGUUGAGUCCUCAACCACAGUACAUCGAGGAACGCCUGUCCAUUUAUAACAAGCUAAAGGCAGAACAUGAUGCACUGCUGGCUGAGAAAGCAGCAAAAGACAGCAAGCCCAUCAAGAUCACGCUGCCCGAUGGAACAGUAGUCGAUGGGGAGUCCUGGAAGACCACACCGUACCAGGUUGCCUGUGGCAUCAGCCAAGGCCUUGCUGAUAAUACUGUGAUCUCUAAAGUGAACAAUGAGGUAUGGGAUCUGGACAGGCCCUUAGAGGAAAACUGCAGUCUAGUGCUUCUCAAAUUCGACGACGAAGAGGCACAAGCAGUUUAUUGGCACUCCAGUGCCCACAUAAUGGGAGAAGCCAUGGAGCGAGUUUAUGGAGGAUGCCUUUGUUACGGGCCACCCAUUGAGAAUGGCUUUUACUAUGAUAUGUUUCUUGAAAAUGAAGGUGUAUCGAGUAAUGAUUUCCCCUGUUUGGAGAACUUGUGUAAGAAGAUCAUCAAAGAGAAGCAACCCUUUGAGAGGCUGGAGGUAAAGAAGGAGACUCUGUUGGAGAUGUUCAAGUACAACAAGUUCAAGUGCAGGAUCCUAAAUGAAAAGGUUAACACCCCAACAACUACAGUUUACAGGUGUGGACCUUUGAUCGAUCUGUGCAGAGGACCUCAUGUAAGACAUACAGGAAAGAUCAAGGCCUUGAAGAUCCACAAGAAUUCUUCUACAUACUGGGAGGGCAAAGCUGACAUGGAGAGCCUCCAAAGGCUCUAUGGCAUCUCUUUCCCUGAUCCCAAGAUGCUGAAAGAAUGGGAGAAAUUCCAGGAAGAAGCCAAGAACAGGGAUCAUCGCAAACUUGGAAGGGAACAAGACUUGUUUUUCUUCCAUGACCUGAGCCCCGGUAGCUGUUUCUUUCUGCCUAAAGGAGCCUACAUCUAUAAUACUCUGAUCGAGUUUAUUAGGAGUGAAUACAGAAAGAGGGGAUUCCAGGAAGUGGUCACACCGAACAUCUACAACAGCAAACUGUGGCAAACCUCAGGACACUGGCAGCACUACAGUGAAAACAUGUUCUCCUUUGAGGUGGAGAAGGAGAUCUUUGCUCUUAAGCCCAUGAACUGUCCUGGACACUGUCUGAUGUUUGACCACCGGCCGCGCUCUUGGAGGGAACUGCCCCUGCGUCUGGCUGACUUUGGGGUCUUGCACCGUAACGAGUUGUCUGGAGCUCUUACUGGUCUGACCAGAGUCAGACGUUUCCAACAAGAUGAUGCACACAUCUUCUGCUCUAUGGACCAGAUUGAAUCUGAGAUAAAGGGUUGCCUGAACUUCCUGCGUACAGUGUAUGAUGUGUUUGGCUUCACCUUCAAAUUGAACCUUUCCACAAGGCCAGAGAAGUUCCUAGGAGAACCUGAAGUGUGGGACCAGGCUGAGAAGCAACUGGAGAACAGCUUGAAUGAUUUCGGAGAGAAAUGGGUUCUGAAUCCUGGUGAUGGAGCUUUCUACGGACCAAAGAUUGAUAUUCAGAUAAAGGAUGCCAUCGGCAGGUAUCACCAAUGUGCCACCAUUCAGCUGGACUUCCAGUUGCCUAUUCGCUUCAAUCUCACAUUUGUCAGCCAUGAUGGUGAUGACAAGAAGAGGCCCGUGAUCAUCCAUAGAGCCAUCCUGGGCUCAGUGGAACGAAUGAUUGCCAUCCUGACUGAAAACUAUGGGGGAAAGUGGCCACUGUGGCUGUCCCCACGUCAGGUGAUGGUGGUUCCUGUUGGACCCACUUGUGAUGAAUAUGCCCAGAGAGUACAACAGGAGUUCCACAGGGGAGGGCUGAUGACUGAUGUGGAUCUGGACCCAGGCUGCACCCUGAACAAGAAGAUCAGGAAUGCACAGUUAGCUCAGUACAAUUUUAUUUUAGUGGUGGGUGAGAAGGAGAAAAGCAGUGACACAGUGAACGUUAGGACUCGGGACAACAAGGUGCACGGAGAGAGGAGUCUGGCGGACUGCAUGAAGCGACUCAAGGAGCUGAAAGCCUCAAGAUCCCGGAACGCAGAGGAGGAAUUCUGAACUCCCUAAACCUCCUGCCAGCUCUUCCUUCAUAUGCCAUAUGCUCAAAUACCGCUGGGGAGCAGCGUGCUGCUAUUCUGCACAGAUGAUCCAUACCUUCUCAGCUAGAUCUCUGUGCUUGAGGGGCUCCGUUUUUAAAUCAGUGACAAUAUUUUAUAACUAAUCAUUCAACUGUCUGAAAGUCUGUAGAUCUGAUAAAUUGUCAGUACAUUGCUUUAAAAAAAACUCUGUAAAAAUAUCCUGGGGUGUUCAUUUGUCAGUCAUUAUUCUAUGUUAUAGGAAAGGGACUUUUCUAUCAAUACAUGUGUAUGGGUUAAUGACAAUAAUGUCUGGUAACUUGUCUGAUGUGGUUGAGAUGAAAUAAAACGGUAUAUCUUUCCACUCUUUUAUGUCUCACUUUUGCUAUAACGUCUUCAAAUAGAGGUCGAAGCUGUUAUUGUUGGAAUAUUUGUAAUCAUCAUGAACAGUGCAGAGAAGAACACACUGCAGGAGCAGACGUAGCUGUUUACGUCAAGCGCACCAGUGCUUUCACUUUCACUUGCGAUGUUCAGGUGAUUUAUGAGAAAUUGUCUGAUUUCAGAUCGUUCGUCUAACCGGAUAGACGAGCCAGUAGUAAACGAGAUGAAGACUUCAGUGUUUUAAUAUUUUGGGACAUAUUAUAGCUAGUUAUUUUUACCUGCUAUAGUGAAAGUAUCUAUUUUAUUUUCCCAUCGUAUCCUUCUGCAGUCGGGCGACAGCUGAGGUUUAAAAAAAAAAAAAGACAGCUGAGGUUUUGUCUGCAGGAUGUUUACUCGCAAAUAGACUUCUGUUUUUUAUUGUUCACUCAUAAAAAGUUCUGUUGAACAGAAUGCUCUUUAACUACACUUUAAACGCAGUUCGGCGCUGCUUUUAAAGGAAGAAAAAAAAAAGAAUUCGAUUUAGGAUGAUUUCCCUGAUAAGUUCUGCGAUGGAGUUCACAGACGAGGAGAAAAUAUGGCUGCAAAGAGUGUCUGCUGAAAUACCUGAAGGAAAUGAACUCACUCCAAAGGAGAAGCAAUUACGGGAGAAAGCAAAGCCAGAGACUGAAUUUCAGGCCCAGCUCUUCCAGGCUAUGGCUUCCAUAAGAUUUGCACUGAAUGAUCCCAUAACCUCAACAAUAGAGGUGAAAAACUCUGUCCAUCAGAGAAGCAGUGUCUCAUCACAAUGUGGAUAAUCAUCAAAUGCCAAGAUGAUGACACGUUUCCCUUAAUCUUUUUCAUGAUCUCACCUGGGUAUUCUUAUCUUAUUAAUGAUUUAUUAGUGGAUGUCAGGUUUAGAUCAUACAAUACACCAGGGAAUGUGACGGCAUUAAGUUUUUUUGACCUCAGCUCAUGAAAUGUUUCCUCAGUUAAGCACAAAUGGAUGCUUCAUUGCUGUACAAAGUUGGAAUAUAAUGCUAAUGCUGUUUGCAUGCUCUUUUAUUGUUGUAUGAUCUAUGAAAUCACUGGAAAACAAGAAACCAGGUUGUUUUUGUUUUUAAAAUGUCAUGCUUUUUUCCACAUACAUGCUAAUGCUUUUGAAAUGUUGCCAAGUGAAGGUCUUUCAAAAACUCAGUACGCCUUACUUUUAUCAUGCUCGCAGGGAUGAUAACAUCUCUACCUCAUUCACAAUACAAUAACAAACAGUACAUGUUUUCUUUUGCUCACAUGUGUAAUAAAUAAAUUGGACCAUGAUAUUUGGAAAACAGUAAAGUUGAAUUUUUAGA